AUGUCCACGAUCUUCACUUCCACGUUUGACAUGGUGCACCUUUACCGACUCCUCGACGAGUCUGGUGAAGAGUCGUGCCUACUCAUCUUUAGUAGUGCAGCGACGUCCACGUCGACAAAUCAUACAGUCGGAGACCUCAAGAAAACACUUGGGUGCGAAAAAGAAUUUCCUGCGUCAUUGCUGAUGCUGAGAACGUUGCCGAAUGAAGAAGAGAAAGAGAAUACCGGUGAAGAUGGACAUCAUGAUGGUAGAGAACUUGUUGGUGUUGCGUCUUCAUCGUCGUCCGACGUCGCAGACACAACAGGAGACCUAGACGAGCACGAACAAGUACUGACAGAUGACGCCGUUGUUUUGAACAGUUUCCUAGCAUUUGAGGAUCAUACCUUGGUGUUAUCGGAGCUAGAGAAAGGAGCUGCAGCAGGCCCUCCAGACGAUGCAGACCUGUCGUAUAUGGUUCAACAAGCGAUACUGCAGAUGUUUUACAAGCAUAUGCCAGGUGGUGUCGUUGACGGGGAAGCUCUACCUCCAAAAGAGGAUGCAAUUGGCGGCGCUGGCGAGGACGAUGCUUUCAGCCCAGCACCAAGAGUAAAGCAGCCAGCGGAUCCAAACGCACGCGACAAAGAUAGUUUGACUGGUAGUAAAACAUCAUCUAUCCGUUUCCGCGUUUACUCACCUCUUCGUUUGGCGAUUCUCAGUCCUGAGAAAUUCAAGGGGUCUCAACAGCCAUUGCACGAUAUCGAACGCCUAGGCCCUGUCGGAUGUGAGGAGUACGUCGCUCUUUGCUACUACCGCGACCAUGUCCAGUUUUCGCCAGCUUUUUUCAACCUGUGCGCGUUGAGGUAUUUGCGAGACCUAGCGAUAGCGUUGGUGAGGCAUCCGAAGACUGAUCCGAGACUGUUAACUUUCAGCCUCGACGAUGGUUUUGCGCCUGAUCAGGUGGACGAAAUCUUAUCGACCCUGGAUGAAGAGUUCUACUUCAACACUCUGCGGAACUAUUGUCGGGACUUUGUGACGUCGCCUUUGGGUGCAGCAUAUCUGAGUGGAAGCGACGAGUUGUUGUUGGAAUUACUUGGUAAAAAGAAGUGGCCAUCAAAUAAGUCACAACAGAUGACAGCACCUUUGUUGGCUGGAGGUGAACAUGACUGGUCACCUCCAGUGCAAGCAUUGCCCUUGAUCGGAACUACAGGAGGAACGAGUACUGCAAGAAAUGCAGGUUUUACGAGUACGAGAAUCAAUGCCAAAUUACUGCUAGUGGAUGAUCCUGGGACUCUAGACCAGAGUGAGUUGGAGCAACAGGAACAGUCACGCUCCUAUGGACAGCAAAGCCCAGCGUUCCCACCCAGUCCCAUCAACACCGCUACGCCUACCAGUCCAAUUCCAGGCACACCUGCCUUCCCGAAGCAACCACGUGGCAUAUCAAGGGAAAUUUCAGCAUUUUCGACGGAAGCGAUCUCGAGGCUUGUGUCUGCUGAGGCAGAUCAGAUGAAUCAAAUAGAGGAAAGACGGAAACUAUCUUCUUUGGUCGAAAGUCAGAUUGUGCCAAGGCUGGUGGAAUGCUUGUAUUAUGACGUUCAAUUAGAGGCGGGGGACGGGGAGGGCGAGGGAAGUAAUGUUGAAGACUUUAUUGACGAGCACGCUGAAGAAGAACGUGCUAACGAUGCCGAAGGCGAUGCCCAAGCAGUCGUAGCUGAAAGACAGAACUCCGACAAUUCAGCAAGCUCCAUAGAAGAAGUCUCCUGUCUUCUCGAAUCCUCGACAGUGGCAGAUGCUCUUCGAUCAGUGGCCAUACCGUUUGUUAUCCUCGAAACGAAGGUGCCGAGGGGCAGCUUCUAUGAAAGUGCUGGUGCGAAAGGGAUAGCUUCUACGAAAGGACUCUCCUCUUGGUGGAAAAAUGCGUUGGAGAAUACCCUGUGUUUGGACAAUAAUAUGAGGCAAGGUCGUAGUCGUUCUUUUAUAGGAAGUACGGAACAAGUCACUCCAGUGAAGAUGAAUAGAAGCCUUUCAUCAAGACCUGCUGCAGAUGAACAAGCAGAACAACAACUCUCUAGUCCGUCAUCGUUACGCGGUCCUCUUACCGAGCUAGUCACUUUCCUCGAGCUUCAAGGUCACGAAAUAGUCGAUCGGAAAUUCGAUGAAAUGGGUGAGGCGAUCGCGGAGUUCUUGGAUGUUGACGGCGUAGGACGUUCAUCAUCCAGACUGUCCAGACAUCGAUCUUCUAGAAGUACACGUCAGGAACAGCACCUCUGCAGGAACAGCACCUCUGCUCGUGGAUAUGCUCAUAAUAGAGGUAGGAAUCGGAGGAGAAACGAUCAAGAGCAUGCUGGCUCAUCCUCUAGCCGACGAAGAAGUAACUAUGAAACGAAAAUCUGUUAUAUCAUUAUCAAGUUUCUGAAGAAGGAAAGCAUGAUGAUGAUAACAGAUAAUUUUCUUUUCAUAGUAACAGCUCGAAUUGUUCUGGUGCACCUGCGCAAAGUGCGAGCGCAGCGUUAUCUAGGAACAGCAGUACUGUAAAUGGCUCAAGAGCAACAUCGCGGAUUCUCCCGUGCGUCGUUGAUUUGGAGAACUACAGAGGUCCAGGCCAAGCUUGCCCUCAGCACUUCACAAAUGACGCAAACGUAACGGAUGAGGUAGCCACCGCAUUGUGUGGCUUGCUUGGCUACGUGGCUGAUACUGCCGGGGGGCAUCAUCCUCAAGCAGGUAAUAAUCCUACAAGAACAAGAAUACGCGUCGAAAAAGUGGAGAUAGUUGGAAAAAGUCUUAAUCCUCCAACGUCGCCAGCAUCAAAUACUUCGCCACUGAUAAACUUAAGGCUCAACUUUCAUUGGUCAUUGAGCAGGUUAGUCACUGAGAUCGAAGAGGAGACCCCUGGAGAGAACAGGGUAAAACGAAGGAAAAACAAAGGGAGAGCCGUGGGGCCCUUUUCUUUCAGAAUCAGUGACCACUGACUGCUGACCUUUAACAAACGGUAGCAUAGGUUGGAGAACGAGAAGUGGAGCGCAAUCAUCACGACCGAGAAGUCCUGCUCCUCAGAGCAGGGUAGGACAUCACGAAGCUGACAACGAGGAGGACCUGUACCUCGUCCCGACCGAUCUCCUCAACGGCAGGGAAACCCUUUAAGGGCGUAGGCUUUAGGUGUUCCUCUUAUCAUUUGUUAUCUGGCUCUCCUAAGGGAGGGAACAGGCAUAACAAACGGGAGCAGAACCCACGAACACCAAAAUUUGCCUACCUCGUCUAAACGCUAGCUGAACGAUCCUCGCAAUCCAUCACGAACGCAAACCAACUCCGCUUUCCGACAGAACAGGAAUCUCUGAACUGUUCGCUUCUAGAUUUGGCCAUGACAGAGGAGAGAGUGAAUGUGGUUUUGGGCAUCCUGAGUCGGCCAGAUCUGAAUUCUCGCUUGAUCACGCCGCUGCUGUAUGAGAAGUUAAGUGUCGUUGUCGUGAGCGUGACUAGAGGUAGUCUUGCAAAAAUGCUGUUUUAGACGUCAAAUCACAGGAGGGCGCCUUCUUAGCUGCUCUAACGUUUGCCUUCCGUCAAUGCCUCGAACGCGGCUUCGCUAUACAGGGUCGCUCUUCUUUCUCCUCAAACCCCACAGCCCGUAGGGAAAACGCAGAUGGCCUCGACGCACGGUCCGAUACUCGUGUCUCGACAUCAGCGGUCUUGAACCUUCGGCCACCUCGAGGCUUCAACUUGUGGCUGCGAAUCUGCAGGUUAUUUCAACAGAAGAAAAUCCAGGAUGAAUGGGUAGCGGAAGAAGUAGUGGAGGAACCAAAUAGAAGCAGUGGAGGCAACACUAGAAAUAUAAGGAGGAGGACGGCUUUGGUAGUGUCUAUCGCGACAUCAUCAUCUUGUUCUUCUUCUUCGUCUGGUCCUACUUCUAAACUAGAGAAGGCAACGACAUCAAGAACCACAACCACUUCAUCACAAGAAGAACGCUAUUUCCGCAGAGGUAAGAGAUUCGAGGUCGUCAGCGCAAAUGCACAAAGCAGGUCAGUUGCUCAGUACACAGACGAUGUGCUGGAUGCGGUGGAGGGGUACAUGGGAAUCCGCAUCUUUCCUAGAGAAACUUCUUCUGGAACUAGUGCCUCAUCUGCCUCUCUUCAAUCUCAGAGAGACCAUGAGCUAUUAAGGGUAGGUUAAAGGUGCUUUUCUUACCGCUUUUUAUGCCUCUCUCCCUUAGGAUGAGAAAGGCAUAAAAAGCGGGGUAAGCGAGCCCCAAAAACCUACCUCUAAAGCUAGUAUUCGAUACCAAGUCUCUCCGCUGUCUGAAAGCCGAGUACUGGCGGUGGAAGCGAACUGAACGGCCAAUGCAUGUUUUGGGUGCGAAUUGUUGUGGGGUGGGAUGGGCCUCAGUGACAUGUGAGAAAAGAGGGUGUUGGAUCGAGAUAUCAAGGAGUGAGUACUUGAAAUAUGUAAGUUCUGUAGAGGUUGUUUUGGAGAAAGAUCUUCUUGUGUGAGACGUUCCAAGGUUGACAUGUAGGUAUAGUUCGAGUUUCCUCUCGGGAGUGCGGGACCACGCAUCAACACGAGAUUGUCGCAAUAUUUUCGAACAGUAUCGUCCAACUCCAUGACGCUCGGUGGAGGACACGACGAGUUGAGUCAGAGCAAGGGAAAUCCAUGAU